GGGCCAUCUGUUUAUUUAAAAAACGAAGAGGCGGAUAUGUCCCAUUAUUUAUAAAUAUGUAUAGUUAUCACGAAUACGUCCUGCUGAAAUGUCGUUGACGUUUUGGUUAGUUUGUUUUUAUUUUGCGUGAUGUUUCUUGAAUUUCGUCAUCAAUAGCAGAAAAAACAAAUUUGUUUGCGUAGGUGGCUCAGCAUUCCGUUUUUACCAAGAAAUAAGUAACUUGGAAGUACAUUAUAGACAAUUUGAGAAGUGCUGAGUGAAAUCCCCAGGAAACUGAUAAGCGAUUUCGCGACGUGACUAAACAGUGAUAAAACAUGAAUCAACAAAGUUCGAAGAGAUUAUUUUGAAUACCGGUUGCGCGUCUGCUUGAAACUAAAUAAUGUCGUGGGAAUUUUCGUGGACGGACGUGUGCCCGUCCGGAUUGCGUCCCUGGGUGAAGGAUUAUAACGAUUUAGCUCCAUGCUUCCAGGAAAUAUGUCUGCAGCUUCCAAUCCUAGUGCUGUUCGCCGUUCUGUCCUCGUAUUAUUACGGAUCUCAUUUCCGGUUGGUAUUCCGCAAUGGGGUGCAGUUGCGUUCAAUUCGGCUGCGUAUUGUGGCCUCACUUGGACUGGGCCUUGUUCCAGUGUUAAAGAUUUUCUAUUUGUUGCGUGUACAUGACCGAAUCUAUCCGAUCGAUGUACUUCUAUCGUGUGUACAGUUCGUGGCCUGGACGGUUCAUAUUGGGUUCCUGAUAAGCUUAAUUAAGCGUGGAUCGUUAAGCCAUCGAGGACCGUUGGCAAUUAUUGUGCUGUGGAUGUCACUGCUGGCAUUAACCGGGAUCUGGGUCCAUACGAACAUUAAUUCAGAUUAUUGGUUGUGGUACGCGGCAGAUAUGAUGAUAUUCUUAAGCUAUGGAUCGACGUUGAUUGCCCCGGGGAAUUCCCAUUACAUAAGAGUCCAGAGAACGGCCGACCAGGAACGGCAGGCUCUUUUGUCGAACACUUACACCAGGUUUCUAGAAGACGUCGAUGAAUCGCCUUUGGGCCCGAUUCAAGACGAUGCAAAUUUCCUAUCGAAGAUGGUGUUUUACUGGGUGCGACCACUGAUUACAAAAGGAGUAGCGGGGAAGCUGAGGAAGAAUGACGAUCUGUUUGAUUUGCCGGAAUGCUUGAAUAUGAACAUAGUGGUGGAAAAAUUGCAGAAACACCUGAAUGCUGUAGGAUCAUUAUUUAAAGCACUACACCGUAGCUUUGGUUGGGAAUUUUAUUUGAUUGGAAUUCUCAGGUUGGUUGCUGAUCUCUCCGGAUUUGCCGGACCUAUUUUGCUUGGAGGCCUUCUUCGUAGCGAAAAUUUUAAUGUGAAUGGAACCAUCCCCAAUAGUGAUUGUGAUAACUGCAAUGCCAUGGACUUUCGUCCUUACUAUUAUGCCAUUGGGCUCCUACUAACGACAUUAAUUAGUUGCUUUGCUGGUGUUCAUUUCAAUUGGCGAAUGACAUUGGUAAGCACCAAAAUGCGCAUGAGUCUGGUCACAGCCAUCUACCGGAAAUCACUCGUAGCCAAAGGUCUACAAAAUGCCCGUCCCGAAAUACUGAAUCUCAUGUCAACGGACACAGAUCGUAUUGUGAGCUCCUGCAUCAGUUUCCACUCAUUCUGGAGCAUUCCGUUCCAACUGUUCACCACUUUGUAUCUGCUCUACACGCAACUUGGUCUGGCCUUCCUUGCUGGGGUCACCUUCGCCAUCAUUCUAAUUCCUAUUAACCGUCAAAUAGCGAUGAAAAUCGGUCAGCUUUCCCAAGGUUUGAUGACGGCAAAAGACGGUCGCAUUGCCAUCACAACGGAAACCAUCUCCGGUGCUAAGCACAUCAAACUGAACGCCUGGGAAGAUGUGUUCAUCAGCAAGAUCGAAAACAUUCGUCGCGAAGAGGUCGGUUACCUAUCCCGAAGGAAGUAUCUGGACGCGUUGUGUGUCUACUUCUGGGCCACGACCCCAGUGUUGAUGUGUCUGCUGACUUUUGGAACGUCAGUUCUUAUGGGGAGCACUUUGACGGCGGCUACCACCUACACAAGCGUGGCGCUGUUAAACAUGCUGAUCGGACCGUUGAAUGCGUUUCCAUGGGUGUUAAAUGGGCUCACUGAGGCGUGGGUAUCACUGAAGAGAGUUCAAGAGCUAAUCGAUCUCCCCAACAUCAACCUGGCCGAGUAUUACAAACCACUACACCAGACGGAAACCGCCUUCUCCGGAAACUCGCAGCGAUCCGUCGUGAUUGCAAUCAAGGACGGCCACUUCGAGUUUGAAGUACAACGUAGUCGGAAAGAACUGGACUUAGUACAGGAGGAUAUCGUCGACUUUCGGUUUCUCAACUUGAGCUUGCAAAUCCGCCAGGGUGAGCUCGUAUGCCUGGAGGGCCCCGUCGGAGGUGGAAAGACCUCUUUAUUGGAGGUAAUUUUGGCCAAUUUCAAAUGCACUCAGGGUGUUGUGGCUAUUUCGAACAUAGACGAAGGAUUCGGUUACGUAGCCCAAACUCCAUGGCUCCAGCGGGGCACGAUCCGGGAGAACAUCCUUUGGGGAGAAAUGUAUGAUGAUGCACGGUACAAGGCGGUUAUCCAUGCUUGUGCCCUAAGCUAUGAUCUGAACCUUCUGAAAGGCGAUAGUACUGGUGUGGGUGAACAAGGCAGAACGUUGUCCGGAGGUCAGAGGGCUCGAAUCGCACUCGCUCGUGCCAUCUAUCAGAACAAAGAAAUUUACUUGUUGGACGAUAUCCUGUCAGCGCUGGAUGCCCACGUGGCGUCGCACAUUGUGCGGCAUUGCAUCUUCGGGCUGCUGAAAGAUAAAACCCGAAUUGUCGUAAGCCAGCAUCCGGUAGUAAUGACCCGAGCUAAUCAGAUUCUUCACGUGGAAGGCGGAGUGGUGAGUCAGAGUGACAUCACUGCUACCGGUUCGAUGAUGAGUGACUUUGAGGAUGAAGCUGAUGAUUUGUCACCGGUAGUGAUCUCGGAAUACGAACCGAAUAAUAUGCGGGUCAAGGAUGAUGACAGCCGCAGCGUGGAUAGCGUAAUGGCCGAGGAAAGCAGAGAGUUUGGCCAUUUGGAUCGGAAUGUUUUGGGAUCGUAUUGGCGAGCGACGGGUCGGUCGCUUGGCUUUUGGGUCAUCGUUUCAGUGCUGUUGAUGCAAGUUUCGCGGAAUUUGUCCGAUGCAUGGCUGGCCUAUUGGGUAGGAGCCUCCACGCCGGAACCCUUCCAACCGAACAAUGGCACUAGCAACUCGACGGUGGAGUUUUGGAGUUUGGGAACCAUUCAAAGUGUGUGGAGUAUGGCGUUGGAUUUUGUAUCCUCUUGGAUUCGAGGUGUGGAUCAUGGUUCUCACUUGGCAGAGGGAUUGCAGCACGAAGCACAGCAAGGGGACAACAAAACGCUUACGAUGUAUUACUUGGGAAUCUACAGUGGACUGGCGAUUGGAAAUUCUCUUAUUACACUGGUUCGGGCGUUUUUGUUUGCGUACGCGGGAAUUAAAGCGGCUAAAUCCAUCCACGACAAACUGCUGGACAGUGUGGUUUAUACAAAAUUCCAAUUUUUCGACGUCGCCCCACUGGGUCGCAUCCUGAAUCGGUUCUCAUCGGACGUCUACACCAUCGAUGACACACUUCCGUUCAUCCUGAACAUCCUGCUGGCACAGUUCUUCGGACUGAUAGGUGCGCUCGCCAUCAGUCUGUACGCCAUGCCAUGGCUGGGACUGCUAAUAAUCCCCCUGUGCCCAAUCUAUCUAUCGCUGCAGAACCAAUACCGAUUUGCAUCACGGGACAUCAAGCGACUGUCGAGCAACGCACUUUCGCCGCUAUAUGCGCACUUCACGGAGACACUGCAGGGGAUGGCCACGAUCCGAGCGAUGCGCGGCGAGGCUCGUUUCAGGAAGAAUUUCUUGUUCAAACUCGGAGAGAGCGUUAAGGCUCAGUUGUCGGCAUCCGCUGCUCAACAGUGGCUCGGACUGAGACUGCAACUAUUGGGAGCGUUUUUGGUGGGAGGAGCUGGGCUGUUGGCUGCCAUCACUUCGGCGCAUCUUACCUCGCCGGAGAUGGUUGGACUAACGAUUUCGUAUGCCUUGUCGAUCACCGGCCUAUUGUCUGGGUUGCUGAAUGCAGUUUCGGAGACUGAGCAAGAAUUUGUCGCUGUAGAAAGGGUGAAUCAAUAUUGUGGGUUGGACGAGGAAGUCAACAGCGAUGGAUCGGCUGAUCCACCGUUUGGAUGGCCCUAUCAAGGGGUAGUGAUCUUCGACAACGUUCAUCUUAAGUAUCGAGAGCAUCUGCCGUCGGCACUGAGGGGUGUUUCGAUGCACAUAACUUCUUGCGAGAGGAUCGGAAUAGUUGGAAGAACCGGUGCAGGUAAGAGUUCUGUUUUAGCUUCCAUAAUGAGAGUAGCGCCUCUUGAAAAGGGGCACAUCAUAGUCGAUUGCGUAAACGUGGCAACGCUUCCUCUGGAUGUGUUGCGAAGUCGGGUGGCCGUCGUUUCACAGGAUCCUUUCUUAUUUAAUGGAAGCAUUAGGGAAAAUCUCGAUCCGCGAGGGCUGCAUCUGGACUCGGAGAUUUGGGAAGCGAUAACUUGUUGCUUAGCGAGUCCACUCGUUCAAUCGCUUGGGGGUCUGAGCGCUAAGCUGGACCCUAGUGGGUCCAAUUUGUCAGCCGGACAAAAACAGCUGCUGUGUCUCACAAGAGCGCUGCUUAAAAAGUCUAAAAUAGUCCUAAUCGACGAGGGAACCGCCAACCUCGACUACGAAGCGGAAUCAGCGAUUCAACUUGUCCUGAAAAAUGCCUUCCGUGGCAGAACUGUUAUUCUAAUUGCUCACCGACUGAAUGGACUGCAAAAUACUGAUAGAAUUAUUGUGAUGAAAGAUGGUGAAAUCGCCGAACAGGGGACGCCCAGAGAACUUGCCCUCAACGAGGAAUCACUAUUUCACUCGAUGCUGCAGGAGCAGCAAAAUACGACUUUCGCCAAGCUUUGAACCUAGUCCCCUUGAAAACAGAUUGAUAUUCUUACUAUGCGUAUCAACAAAUAUAAUUACUCUAGAAUUUCGGUUCCUGGGAAAAUUGUAAUUUUCCAUUAAAAGAUUUUAGUCCUUAACAAAUAUUUUCAGAAAAUAGUUCAUUGUUAUAAUUUUCGAUAAGAGUACAUAAUUUUAAGAUGAUCUUAAAGAUUAAAUGAUCACAAGUCA